UCUCUUAGCUGCCUACGCAGCUCGUGUCUCAGCUGACGCUGCUGCCGCUUUGGUAUGCUGUCUUUUUGCCAAAACUUACAAUUUUGCACAUUCGCCUGUUGAGUUGGGUUCGGCCGUUUGAACUCGCAACAACGCGUCGCGUGUGCAGAUAAAAAACACAAAAAUCAAGUUGUUUGGAUGUGAAAAAUGUAAAGUUAAUGCCAUAUACGCGACGUUUAACAUUUGAAAGAGAAAUAUAAAAGAAAUAAGUAGUAAACAAAAAUCAAUUUUCAUAGAUGUGCUUUGAGCUUGUUGACCUGGUUACGGUUUUUUUUAUAAUUAAAUGAGAAAUGGAAUUGGCUGUAUUUUUGUUGCUCUUGCCACUUCUAAGCAGCGUUUGCGUUGUAGCCACGAUAAAUGAUGCAACAGCCGCAGCAGCAGCAGCAGCGAGGCAUCGCAAAAAUGCAACAGAGACGAGAGUAGCUCCAACAGAGGUCUUUAUCCAAAACAGUAGCCGUGCCAACGGUUCCCGCGGCCAUAGAUCGCGCGCUGUUGCACAAUACAAACUGCCGCUUGAUGGUGCACAAGCGCCGCCGCCGGACAGCAGAGAUGCCAGCGACCGAGUGCAGCCCAUGCGCAGGCGUAACCAGGUGGUGCUGCGCCGCAGGCCUGCCAGCAGCACAACCACAACAACAACAACGUCGAGCACAACGACAACCACGUCGACGACGACAACGACAACAACAACUCCGCGUCCGAGUUUGGCCAACGGCUUCAAUUUCUUCAAUCCCAGCUUUUGGAGCUUUGGCCAGCAGAGCCUGGUGGCAGUGAGUGCACCCACAAAACAUCCCCAUCCGCCCAAGAAGUUCACACACUCAACAGGCGCAACCGGUUCCAAGGAGGAGAAACUCAAUUAUCGCAAGCAACAGAAAACAACACCGAAUCCAAGGCACAGAUCGAGUACCUCAACGACAACAUCUACUACUACCACGGAGGGUCCAUUCCGCAUAGCACUGCCAACGCUUACGUUUCCCAGCGCUGCGGGCGGCGCUGCCGACAAGGAGAAGGAUAAACGGGCUGCAGCCGAUCUGCGCCAGCGUUUCAAUUGUCCGCGAGAGAACGAGGUGCGUUUUCAGCUAUUCCCAAAGAUCUGCAAGUCCGACAAGGACUGCUUGGUCUGGCAACGAGACGAGAUCUGCUGCGACAUCUUUGGCGCCAGCAGCUGUGUGGCGGGAGUUGCCAAGCCGCUGGAGGAGACGGAGCACGCACCCAUAUUGGGCCUGAUACCACGCAAGUGUCCGGCGCGUCCACUGGCUGAGCUCUGGUGGGAUGUGCAGGAAUGCCGCACAGAUAUGGACUGCUGGCCACGUGUCUGCUGCCCGGAUGGACGCCGGCGCUAUUGCCGUACCUCCCAGCCGGAGCUGCAGACUGUUCCGGUGCCGGUCAAGCGCUCCUUUGACUACCUGACGGAGUACUUGGAAUGCACGGCACCGCCGCCGACCAUUUUUGAUCUGCAUCCAAAAGCGUGCACCUCCACGCUGGACUGCUUUCCAAAUGUGUGCUGCCAGGAGGCGGGCCUGCGACACUGUCGUCCGCCCAAGAAGUCUGUGCUCACACUGAUGGCCAAUUUUCUGAACGUGGACUUUGUGAAGCGCUUGACCCAGAACAUUGUUAUCAAGUAGUUACAUUUCAGCUAACACACACACACAGGCACAUUCAUCUGCACUCAUGUACAUAUGUUACAUACAUAAAUGUAUUUAUACAUAUACACAAAUCGUUUAUACGAUCACAAAUGCGUGAAUUUAAUUUUUAUUUAUUUUUAAUA